GGUACCCGGUAUACGAGUUCGAACCAUUUCACGUUCUACUACGUACGUACGUACGUACCUUACCUACCCGCCCAGCCAGAGCUACGUCAGUUGAGCGUUACGCACGCACGCACGCACGCACCCGUGAUCUUCGCAAAUUGAGAAACCUACCUAUCUGUCCACUGAGCAAUCUACCGCGCCAGUACCAGCGAUCAUCAUGUCGACCGAGACAGCAUCGCCCGCAGCCGCGACGGCCGGCUCGAAGAAGGCGACCGGCGGCGGCGGCGGCGGCGGCACCGCGAAGGCUCCUAGGGCCAAGCCGUCGCACCCGCCCACGUCCGAAAUGGUGAACAACGCCAUAAAGAGCCUGAAGGAGCGCGGAGGGUCGUCGCUGCAGGCCAUCAAGAAGUACGUGAGUGCCAAUUACAAGGUCGACACGGAGAAGCUCUCGCCGUUCAUCAAGAAGUACCUGAAAUCGGCCGUCGCGUCCGGAACGUUGGUUCAGACGAAAGGGAAAGGCGCCUCCGGCUCGUUCAAGCUCGCCGCGUCGUCGGUCUCGGGAAAGGGCGCAAGCGGUGCAGCCGCCGCCGCCGCCGCUGCCGCGUCCGCCGCAUCCGAGACUACGGCGUCCGGCGGUGCUGCCGCUGCCAAGAGCAAGGCCGCCAAGAAAGCGACGCCGUCGACGGCCAGCAAGAAGGCGCGAAGCGCAACGACGGUCGCCAAGAAGGCCGGCGGCGGCAUCAAGACGAAGAAGGCCGCCGCCGCUGUCGGCGCGUCGACGAAGAAGGGAGCAGCGGCAGCCGGCAGCGCCAAGGCCAAGAAGGCUGCCGCGGUGAGCGAGAAGAAGGCGUCGGCCGCCGCCGCCGCCGCGGCCGCGAGCUCUCCCAAGUCGCCGUCGAAGGCGAAAAAGACGACCAAGGUGCCGACGAAGAAGCCGAAAGCGCCGAAGCCGAAGAAAGUGAAAGCGGCCGCCGUCGCGCCGUCCGCGAGGUCGAAGAAGCCGGCGGCGACGCCGAAGAAGAAAUGAGAGUAGGGGCAGUAAACGAUGAUGAUGGAUUGUUACUGCAUUAUACCAAUGUUUGUUGCGUUCCUGCCCGUCAGCACGAUAUUACC